AGUUGAAGUGCCCUGUUAAAAAUACAACCCUAUUGUGCCAAUUUUUAUGUGGAACGACAACCCUGUCAUUAAACGCAAAAUAUCUACUGCAAUUUGCAUCAGCCAAUCGUCAAACUCGUUAAUAAAAGCUCUAAAAAACAAUGACUGGUCGUGGAAAGGGAGGAAAAGGUUUGGGAAAAGGAGGAGCCAAGCGUCAUCGUAAGGUACUUCGUGAUAAUAUCCAAGGUAUAACCAAACCAGCUAUUCGUCGUUUGGCACGCCGUGGAGGUGUUAAACGUAUAUCUGGCUUGAUAUACGAAGAGACUCGAGGUGUAUUAAAGGUAUUCUUGGAAAACGUCAUUCGUGAUGCUGUCACCUACACCGAACACGCCAAGCGCAAAACUGUAACGGCUAUGGACGUGGUCUAUGCAUUGAAACGUCAAGGUCGUACUUUGUACGGUUUUGGUGGUUAAGUUUCCUACUGGGGUAGACGAUCUCUUUCGUAUACAACUGUCAUAUUGAUGUAACGUAUUAAAGCAAGGACAACCCAUCAAUUUAUUCCAGAUAUUGACGCAGAAUAAUAAGAAUUCCAUUUCAAUAUGACUAAACUAUCAUUCGAUUGUGCACACAAUACAUAUUAAAUAGUAAUAUAAAACCUAUUUGUUUGGUGUUCCCUUUGCAAAUAAUAAUGACUAUAUUUUUGGCAAAUACAUUUCGAUUGUAAUUUUGAGAUAAUAUGACAGUAUAAUAAACAUAAAUCAGUACUAUUUUAAAAGCAAACACAAACAUCAUGUUUAUCUUGAAAGUAGGUUGGUAGGAACCUAAAAUGCACUUUCAUGCACAGCAAAGCACAUAUCUCUAUUCUACUUUUUAUAUCCUCUGUACUAUUCCCUAUACUAGAAUUAAAUGAGACUAAAUUUCCCAGUGGAUUUAGCCAAAAAUA